GCAACACUCACCAGGACGACCGGUGAACACCCCCCGGGGCCUCCAGAAUGUUCCGACGGCACCCACUCGGUAGAGACUAGUAGUGUGUACCAAGACCAUCAACCACAGCAACAACACACACAAGGCGAGUGUAGGCGAAGCUUGCUGAGCCAGCGACCGUGAAACCAUUCGUGUGGCAUGAGCUGAGGCCACUGCACCAGGACUUCCAUCUCCCCGAGAGAGCGAGAAAGCUCCCUCCAGUAAGCUUUCGCCGCAACGCAACCGGCAUCGUUAGAGCUUAUGACGGCUUAAACCGGAUAUUAUUUUUUUCGCCUUCUGUUCAAAACUCCGGCAAAAGAAGAACAUUCCUCCUCCCUCCCCCACCCCUUAGUAUGAGGGCUCGCCGGGGAAAAGCCUUUCGGUAACAAGGAUUUUUUUUCUCCUCUACUCCGGGGCGAGUUUGGGGCAGGAAGCGGGCCCAAAAUGGGAGUGAUUAAUCAUCGUCGUCACUGUUGGUCCUAGUGCCACUUAGUUAGUGUGUUUGUGAAGAGUGGAGGGAAGGUGCGCGAGGAAGUGUUUCUGCAACAUUAACGUCAAGAAGCUUGCUUUUUUGUCAGCCACCACAAAUGAUGUUCAAUAUCAUCGCAAUGUUCGUCAUCAGUGCUUGAAGAUUUGUUACUUUAUUUUUCUUUUUUUUUGUAUUCGAGGGAAGCAAGACAACACAGACAGUGAUUAGUGGGUUGCCACGGCAAACAUCCUUCUCGAGGGCAGCAGCGGAAGGUUCGGAUUAGCUCCCUUCCGCGAAUUUCGGGUCGGAUCCGGAUUUGCAUAGGUCACAGGAAGGAAGCAGAAGAAGGAAAAAAUGUGAACUGAGCAUAAAAAUCUCAAGAAUUUGCGCACAGCUUCUCAUUAUUUUUGCUUAGUACAUGCUCUGAGAUCGAGGGUGUGGGAGAAUCAUUAUCAUCAGUGCGGGACGGCUAGGCACCAGUGAAAAGGCUGAGAUUUGCCGUUGGCAUUUUUGCGAGGCCCACAGAACACAAUAAUUAAGGCAGCAAUUGGGUUGAAGCGACGCGUGCAGGGAUCCCGAAUGUCGCGUAAUUGAAUUCUUGCUCGGAAGCUGCAAGAAGGGGGCUCGCUGAAGGGGGUCACGCUGAUUGGCUGGACCAGCUGGAGCGGCGGCGUCCGAUUCACACUUGGGGGACCAUUGAAAAAUUCCACCGAAUAGUAUGGCUUCGGUCGCCGCUUGGUUGCCAUUUGCACGGGCGGCGGCCAUCGGAUGGGUUCCCAUAGCGUCCCACCCGCUGCCAGCGCCACCGGUAUUCAAGGACCGGCUUCGCUCCGAAGACGAGAAACUCAUCAUCAACGUGUCCGGCCGACGCUUCGAGACCUGGCGAACGACCGUCGAGAAGUACCCGGACACGCUGCUCGGCUCGAACGAGCGGGACUUUUUCUACGACGAGUUCACCAAGGAGUACUUCUUCGACCGCGAUCCGGACAUCUUCCGGCACAUACUGAACUACUACCGCACCGGCAAGCUCCACUACCCGCGGCACGAGUGUCUCUUGAGCUACGAUGAGGAGCUGGCCUUCUUCGGGAUCAUGCCGGACGUGAUCGGCGACUGCUGCUACGAGGACUACCGGGACCGAAAGCGGGAGAACGCCGAACGACUGAUGGACGACAAACUGUCCGAAAACAGUGAUAACAAUCUGAUACAGCUGACCAACAUCCGCGAGCGGAUGUGGCGAGCGUUCGAAAAUCCGCACACUUCCACUGCCGCCCUCGUGUUCUACUACGUCACGGGCUUCUUCAUUGCUGUUUCUGUGAUGGCCAACGUCGUCGAAACGGUCCCGUGCGGGGCCCGGCCCGGUCGUGCCGGCACCCUGUCCUGCGGCGAACGCUACAAGAUCGUCUUCUUCUGUCUCGACACAGCCUGCGUGAUGAUCUUCACUGCCGAGUACCUGCUCCGACUGUUCGCGGCCCCGUGUCGGUGCAAGUUCGUCCGCUCCGUCAUGUCGGUCAUCGACGUCGUCGCCAUCAUGCCGUACUACAUCGGCCUGGGCAUCACCGACAACGACGACGUGUCCGGCGCGUUCGUAACCCUUCGCGUGUUUCGCGUCUUUCGAAUCUUCAAAUUUUCCCGCCACUCCCAGGGGCUGCGGAUUCUCGGCUAUACGCUCAAGUCGUGCGCCUCGGAGCUGGGCUUCCUGGUGUUCUCGCUCGCGAUGGCCAUCAUCAUCUUCGCCACCGUGAUGUUUUAUGCCGAAAAGAACGUGGAAGGAACGAACUUCACCUCGAUUCCGGCUGCGUUCUGGUACACAAUCGUCACGAUGACUACGUUAGGUUACGGUGACAUGGUGCCCGAAACCAUCGCGGGCAAGAUCGUGGGAGGCGUCUGUUCGCUGAGCGGUGUGCUGGUCAUCGCGCUACCCGUACCUGUAAUCGUGUCCAACUUCAGCCGCAUCUACCACCAAAACCAGCGGGCAGACAAGCGGAAAGCACAGCGGAAAGCACGACUCGCACGAAUACGAAUAGCGAAAGCAGGCGCGAGUGCGGCGUUCGCGAGUAAGAAGAAGGCUGCCGAGUCGCGGCUAGCGGCGCAGGAGUCUGGCAUCGAACUGGACGACAACUACAACGAUGAAGACAUCUUCGAGCUACAGCAUCAUCAUCUGUUGAGAUGUUUAGAGAAGACUACGGAUCGGGAGUUUGUCGAGCUAGAGACGCAGUACAACGGCCAAACCAAGCGGCCCGGCUCGCCGUCCCCGAUGGCCAGCCCGUCCCACUCGGCCAACACGACGACCGGCGCCGGAACCGGUCUGCUUCAGUCCUGCUGCGGUCGGUGCUGUUCCCAGCGGUACCAGAUACAGAACUACACGUCGGCGAACCAAUGAUGUCAGGAGGACGAUAUUCCGCUGCGAGAGAGGAAAAAGUCGUAAUUGUAGCCCAAAUCGUCACCACCCGACCCCACUCUUCCCAGCAGCAGCCCGAACGACCCCUAGUGGUGGUGUCCCCCCCUUUGGGCCGGG